GAGGAUGUGGGUGCUGUGGAUUAUCUACAGGGGAGGGAGGAUGUGGGUGCUGUGGAUAAUCUACAGGGGAGGGAGGAUGUGGGUGCUGUGGAUACUCUACAGGGGAGGGAGGAUGUGGGUGCUGUGGAUACUCUACAGGGGAGGGAGGAUGUGGGUGCUGUGGAUUAUCUACAGGGGAGGGAGGAUGUGGGUGAGGGGGACUCAGGGUUUCACCGGCUCCUGGUUCCUCCGGUGGUCUGCACCAGUCCUCCCUGGUCCCUGUUGACCCACUGUCCUGUUGCCGGUUCUGACUCUGAUCCAGAUGGUCAUCCGUUGUCCACUGAAGACACGGUGGAGCCUUUCAGCCCUGCAGAGAUCCCCCCAGAACCCUCAUUAAAGAACAAGUCAGAACCCCAGUCUCUGCCCCCUCCAGUACCCCUGUCAGAACCCUCGUCAGGACCCCAGUCUCUGUCUCCAUCAGAACCCCUGUCAGAACCCCUGUCAGAAUGUCAGUCAGAGCUGAUGUCUGUUGAAACUGGGAGGGAACUGCCACUGGAGGGCAACGAGAGACAGGGAGUGAGACAGCCAGAGAGAAAGGCCCUGAGACAGGGAGUGAGACAGGGAGUGAGACAGCCAGAGAGAAAGGCCCUGAGACAGGGAGUGAGACAAUCUGAGCUCAGAGGGUCUGGUGUCUGUGGCCUCAGAGCUGAAUAUGAGGAGGGUGUGUUUGUGUCAGAGGUGACAGACAUGCAGGACAGGACGCUCUCUCCAGAGGCUGUAACCCCCAGGGUUGCAGGCUGUAACCCUGGGGAAGAUGGGGAGGAGAUGGACCCCAAAGAGGUCCUACUGAGACUGAGCAGAGACCCCCCUGGCAGCACAGCAGAAGAGGAAUUCUGUCAUUCCAGGGCAGGUGAGGCUAGUAAUCAGCCAAGUACAGGGGAGGCCCUCGACCCCCCCGGUAUCCUGACCUUUGACCCCUCAGUGACGAGGUCAGACUGUGGAGGUUAUGACAUCCCCUCUGUAGUGGUGUCCAUAGUUCAGGGUGGUGGUCCAGCUGACAGUCCGGUGUCGGAGAAGGAGCCGGAGAACCUGGGGUCUAGCGGUACCGUGUGGGAGGAAGAACCUGACCCAGUCUGUCCUGAUGUUCAACAUUUCCAUCCCCUUCAAGACCUCAGCGUCCUAGCCGCAGCAGAGGUCAUGGUGGACCACCAGGGAGAUGCUGAUUCCUCCAUGAUCCAACGAGAGACAGAGGCUGUCUUCCCAGAGUCUUGCAGUCCUCUGACCCACACACAGAUCCACUCCUCCCCUGACAACAGGGAGACAGAGGCCGUCUUCACAGACUGUCAGGGAACUGGCACCAGCUCAACCCUCCACCGCGCGUCGGGCAGCGACUCAGAGAGUUUCUUAAGUACAGGAGAGGACAGCGUCUUUGGCAAGGGCGAUGACACGGUGACUGGGGACAGCACCAGUGAGCUGUCAGUGUCCCGCUCCUCCGCAGAGGACACGGCCAGCGGUGACCCCACCAGUUCCAGCCCGGAGAGCUGUCUGAGGAGGCGGGGCCAGGGGAGGCGGGGCCAGGGGAGGCGGGGCCAGGGGAGCAGCUGGAGUGCUGAAGAGGGUCACAAACCCGGGGCCAGAGUGGGAGGCGGAGGAGAGACUGAGGAGGAAGCCCAGGACAGGCCGACGGAGGUUCCACGGCUGGUUCCAGGUUCCUCAGCAGAACCCAGCCCCAGUGUCCGGUCGCUGUCCCCGUUCCGGCGCCACAGCUGGGGACCCGGGAAGAACCUGGGGGGAGAGGAAGACAUGAACCAACGCAGUGCUAAACAGAGUCCUGGAGAAGUAAAGACAACAUUUCAUAGAAGUUACAGCCUGGAGGGCCUACGUGAAGUGAGGGAUGAUGGGAAAAUCCCAUCUCCCCCGGGUGCCACUACCAAGGAGGCUAGGCAGCAUGGAGCAUUCCGUCACCAAGGCAGCGAGGAGAGAGGAGGUUCCUUAGUGUCUCUGACAGAAGAACAGGACGCUGAAAUGGAGGUUCGCACUGUGGAGCAUGGACAGAAGUCUAGGAGGUGUCGUCCACUAAGAAACAGCUGCCCCCCAAUGAACCUUCCUCUCACUAAAUCAGUGUCACUGCUCGCCAUCAACCAGAGAGACAUGGACACUAUGGCUCGGAUCAGACACAGACGGAGAAUCUCUUUCUCGUUCAGCCUCUCUCCAAUCCUCCCCAAGUCUAAAUCUACCAUCUCUCUGGAGUCAUCGUCUAGUGAUGAUGAGCCCUCUUUGCGUAUGAGGACGUUCUCCAGCACCUCUGGCUCUCUGGCUUACAGCAUAUCUGAGGAGGACAGUGCCGGAAACCUGAGGGCAGGGCUUGAUGGAAAGAGUGGGACCAAGGUCAGCCGGACCUUCAGCUACCUCAAGAACAAGAUGUACAAGAAGACCAGGGAAAAGGAUCGAGAGAAAAGUCGAGACAAAGAGGAGAGGAAAGAGGCAAAGGACAGGGAGAGACGGACGCUGAAUGGACAUCACUUCAGCACCGUCUCCUCACAGACACAGUCCUCUUCCUGCCACCAAUGCAGCAAACCCAUCAACACUAAGGAGGCUUUCCUCUGCACCAACUGCAAUGCUCAUGUUCAUAAGGGCUGCAGAGAGAGCCUGCCUGUCUGUGCCAAGGUGAAAUUGAAGGUUGCCAAGCAGCAGUUUGUCCCAGAUACAGCCGUUAUUCCUGUUGUCACGCUGAGAACAAAGAGAGAAUCCAAACCAGCUGUGUCGCGGGAGCGUCCCUGGUCGGCCAUCUUGUUACCAGAAGACCCCUCCUUAUUAAUGCUUCCUCAAAGGAGACACACCUCCAUCAUGCCCUUCCACGGCUCCAACCUCUCCAAGAGUAUUUCUAUCUCCAACAUCGCUGGUCACCAGGUGUUUGAUGACACGCCCAUCAAGGGUCUGCGCUACCUGUCCCAGUCCACAGACUCCCUGUGCAAGACCAGCCUGGGCUGCGCAUCCACAGAGUCCCUCAUAGAUGAAGGCGCAGAGAUGGUUGACGGCCAGCUGAUGGGCGAGUUUGAAGCGAACGUGAAGGAGCUGGAAGCGGACUCCUGGAGCAACAUCAUGGACAACAACUUCCUCAAACAUCUGAAGAAGGAGGUCGUCAAGAGACAGGAUGUCAUCUACGAACUCAUCCAGACAGAGAUGCACCACGUCAGAACAAUACGGAUCAUGGAGGUGUACAGCAAGGGUCUGCAGAAGGACCUGCAGCUGGAGCCUCAGGCACUGGGCCGGCUGUUCCCCGCCCUGGACGACCUCCUGGACCUCCACACCUCCCUGCUUGCCCGCCUCCUGGAGAGGAAGAGAGAGAGCCAGCAGGAGAGAGAGGAUGGAGGCUUUGUCAUCAAUAAAAUAGGAGACAUCUUGCAGACACAGUUCUCAGGGUCCAGGGCGGAGCUUAUGAAGAGAGUUUACGGGAAGUUCUGCAGUCGCCACAACGAGGCUGUUAACUUCUACAAGGAGCUUCAUUCCAGAGACAAACGCUUUCAGGCGUUCAUCAGGAAAAAGAUGACCAGCAGUAUUGUCCGAAGGUUAAGCAUCCCAGAGUGCAUUUUGUUGGUGACCCAGAGAAUCACCAAAUACCCUGUUUUGAUGCAAAGAAUACUACAGCACACCACAGAAACUGAAGAGGACCAUCAAGUCCUGAGUGAUGCCCUGUGGCAGCUCAAGGAGGUUAUCGCUGCAGUGGACAGCAAGGUGAAUGAACAGGAAAGGAAGAGGAGGCAGAAGGACAUCUAUAGCCGGACAGACAGCAAGUCAAUCAUGAGGAUGAAAAGCGGGCAGAUGUUUGCCAAAGAGGACCUCCUCAGAUGGAGGAGACUGGUGCAUGAUGGUCCGCUACAACUGAAGAACGCCCAGGGACGUCUGAAGGACGUCACAGCGAUGCUGCUUUCUGAUGUGUUGGUCUUCCUGCAGGAGAAAGACCAGAAAUAUGUAUUUGCCUCCCUGGACCAGCGCUCCACUGUGCUCUCCCUGCAGAAGCUGAUCGUCAGGGAGGUGGCUAACGAGGAGCGGGGUCUCUUCCUGAUCACCGCAGGGAUCGAGAAGCCCGAGAUGCUGGAGGUCCACGCUGCCACCAAGGAGGAACGCAACACCUGGAUGCAACUCAUCCAGGACACCAUGCAGUCAAUCUCAGCACGAACGCAAGUUCAUAGAGAGAAGGAGGAGGAUGAGGAGGUCCCCAGUGAACCGGAGGAGAGACCGCUGGAGGCCAAAGCUAAGGAGAUGAGAGAGAUGCUGAGGAGGAAGGAUGAGCAGAUCCUGAGUCUGUUGGUGGAGAAGAUGACAGUGUUUCGGGAGAUGUGUGAGUUUGGGAGCCCCAGUUCCCCACUGGAAGCCGGGCCGGAGCGGGACCCAGGACCCAGUCCCACUCAGGGGGCCAGAAGAAAGCUUCUGUUCCGGGUCGGCAGUGGAGGGAGCUCUGAGGACGUACCAAAAGGAGAACCAAUAAUGAAGGAUGCUCUGCUGGAAGUGGAGACGUUGCAGGCGUUGGUCAACGGUGGUCUGGACGGAGCCGAGGGGGGGCUGCAGAUGGGGCAUGUCACGGAGGGGGCGAGAGGUGGGGGCAUCGGGCCAGGCCCUGUGUGUUUGCCUCGCCGGGCCGAGACCUUCGGAGGCUUUGACUUGCACCAGAUACACGCCUACAAGAAUGGAGCUAAAGUAGAGCCAGAGGACCCUGCAGACCUUCGCAGAACGGAGUCAGACGGCGUAUUGAAGAAGGGAGGGAAUGCUAACCUGCUACUCUUACGGAAGAGAAGCAGUCAGGUUCUCCAGAGUGUGACCAACAUUCAUGACCUGCUCAGCAGCCUGCAGGCCGUGGUGAUCCAGCAGGACAGCUUAAUCGAAGACCAGCGGCAGGCUCUGACCCUCCGACCUGAACGCUUCUCCUCUUCCUCCUCCCGCCCCAACACCCUCAUUGAACAGGAGAAACAGCGCAGCCUGGAGAAGCACCGGCAGGAAAUGGCCACGUUACAGCGGCAGCUCGCCACCCACGACCAGGAGAAGAGGAGGAGGGAGAGGGAGUGGGAGGAGCGGGACCGGCAGCUGACGGACAGGGAGGUGCAGGUUCUGGUGCAAGAAGAGGAGAUGGGGAAGAUGCGCAGGAAGCUGGAUGCAGAGAGGCAGGAGUUGCAGGGGAAGAAGGAGGACUAUCAGAAAGAUCUGGAGAGACUCCGAGACGCUCAGAGGAAACUAGACCGGGACAGAGAACUAGUCCACAGAGAGUUGGAGCGGAUAGAAACCAUGAGAGUGACUGAUAGGCAGAUACAAAACUCCUCCUCCACUUCAGACGACUCCCUCCACCCCCCGGACUCUGCCUCCCAAGACAGACAACCAGGAGACCCCACAGACCUCCCCUCCUUCCCCAGAAGAGACUCCCUGACCCAGGCUACAGAGAAAAACCUCAGCCCCCCACCCCUGAAGGCCCCCAGGGGAGACCAUCAGAACCAGAUCCCCAGCAGGCUGCUGCAGCUGGCCAGAGACAGGGGCAAGGAUAAGAAGGACAAAAAACACAAGGUCAAGAAGGGGCAGGAGGGAGCGCUGUCUCCAGAAACAAAACACCUGGAGGCCCAGAUGGAGGGAGAGGUCUACUACUGCUGAGCCUCGUCUCCUCCUCACCCCUCCGAGACCUCCUCCCAGAUUAUCGCGCCUCUCUCACGCAUAUCUUAAGCACCACUACUCCUCCCAUCUUUCCCCUGUCUCCUUCUCCUCCCAGAUUACCGCUCCCUUUCUCACUCAUCUCUAGAGCAAUAGCUGAAUGUUAAGGUUAAGCUGUUAUGGUAGCGAAUCCGUUGACCCCUCUCCCUUACACACAUUCGAGCACAAACUCUAUUCUUCAAUUCAAGGGGAGAUACAGGAACUGGACAUCAAGGGUUCUAAUCAUGUAACGUCCUACUCAUUGUUAUCUCCCUGUUUGAUGUCAUAUCCUGUAUUCCGUGUGAAAUUUAAUUUCAACUCUCUCCUCAAUCACUAAUGGCCAUUGCCUAUUCAGACAUCAUCUGUAACAAUGAGGAAACUGCUACCCUGGUAGAUUGCUGUAUGAUGUCCUAAAUUAUGUCUAUGCCGUGCUCCUAAUCAUGCCGAUGAAGAUGGAAAGAGGUUUGUUCUAUGGAGUAAUCGUCUGUGAAUAGUUUUAAAUGAAAGUCAUCCGUCAUGCAGGGUUGACAUCAGGUUUUAUGAAUCUGUCCUCUCUGUGUUGAAUGACAUGUCAUCAGAAUACUAAAUACGGAAUACUGAACAUUUUGGUAGUUGAAAACGCCAUUCAUUCCAGGUCCAUGUGUUCCAUUGCUCUGGAGGAGUCUAGGUAAUAGGUACACACAUUUAAUGGGACAGUGUGACUGUACCGAUUAAGAGGGCAUUGUCAAGAGGUUUGGAAGGGUUUUGUGUUGGUUGGUCCAGAAAUACACUGAUGUUUUGUAUUCACUGCAAUGCAAUUUACAUACAAAACAUUCUGUUAUGUCAAAGAUUGCUUUAAAUUCACAAUCAAUAAUCAAAUACCCUUUUUAUCUGUCUCAAUCAGGGUCACUCUGUCUUAACGGAACAGCUACUGAGUUUACAUGGAGCCGAUUUAGAUGAGUCACAGAGGAACACUCUUAAUUUAGUCAGAUAUCGUUUUUGUUUAUUUCAUUACACAGCCGGGAGUCAUUUAAGAAGUGUAUCUCUUUUAUAAAAUGUGCCAUGCACUAACUAAUAUGGCCGAUGCAGGUCCUUCAUGUCUCCUCAUGGCAACCAGCAGAAGGGCUGUGUUCAGUACACGCUGUUGGUCUCAAAAGGCUGUGUUCAGUACACGCUGUUGGUCUCGAAGGGCUUUGUUCAGUACACUCUGUUGGUCUCAAAGGGCUGUGUUCAGUACACGCUGUUGGUCUGAAAGAGCUGUGUUCAGUACACGCUGUUGGUCUCAAAGGGCUGUGUUCAGUACACGCUGUUGGUCUCAAAGGGCUGUGUUCAGUACACGCUGUUGGUCUCAAAGGGCUGUGUUCAGUACACGCUGUUGGUCUGAAAGAGCUGUGUUCAGUACACGCUGUUGGUCUCAAAGGGCUGUGUUCAGUACACGCUGUUGGUCCCGCAGCAGUUCCAGUCAUGACAUCAGUUAAGAUGAGGGGUGCAAUCGAUUGUUCCAAAGUUUUUUUUCACCUGGUCACUUGUUGAUCUUCAACCUUUCUCAGGGCUGUUUCUGUAAUUUCUCUUAUUUGGCGUGGUCAUAUCAUUCUUUUCCGAUUUUGGUUCUGUCCCCAUUUACGACUUCAUAACACAGGGUUCCUUUGAGGAUUUUUGAGCAGGGAGGGAGCUUGGACUGGAAUCCAGUAGAAUUUGAUGAGAAUGUGCUGGUUGGCCUGUUGGUUAAUUCACGGUCAUGUUGUGUCAUGACCACUAGAGGGCACUCCAGCCCUGGCCCGGUUAUUAUCCUUUCCCAAAACCAUCCAAGGAUGUUGGAUAUCAAGGGAAAUUUGCCAUUUCUUUUGGAUUAUAUUCGGCUCAGUGCCAUGUGAAAUGAACGUACACACACACAAGAGACAGUGUUUCUCUGCUGUUAGUAUCUGGCUGAGGAAAAUAAUACGUUGUCAGGAUUGACAACUGGUUAUUAAAUGAAAUAAAUCCUUAAUGUAUUUAUUCUAAAUCCCAGAACGCUAGACUGAGCAGCACUACUAUUACCCAUCUGUCUCUCUCUCCCUCUCUCCAUCUCUCUCUUUCUCUCUCUAUCUCUCUCCCUUUCUCUAUCGCUCUCCCAUUCUCUCUAUCCCCCCCCCCCAUUUAUUUUCUCUCCCUCCAAUGGACAAUAUAGAACAAACCAGAAACAGCUAGUACAACCAACUGAUGGACUUCAGACCUCGUCCAUAAAUCCAAUCUGUUCCAAAUGGCUCCUCUUCCUCUUCGUUGCACCUUAGAGGCUCUGGUGAAAAAUGGUGCCCUAUGUAGUGAGCAGGAUGUUAUUUGAGACACAGUCCCGGAGUAGCCUGAGCUACGAAGAUGAAGUACACUAGAGUACAAUAUAACCCACAGGACCACCUACCCGGGUAUCAGGGUUCAUACGUCCAGGACCACCCACCCAGGUAUCAGGGUUCAUACGUUCAGGACCCCCACCCAGCUAUCAGGGUUCAUACGUUCAGGACCACCCACCCAGGUAUCAGGGUUCAUACGUUCAGGACCCCCACCCAGCUAUCAGGGUUCAUACGUUCAGGACCACCCACCCAGCUAUCAGGGUUCAUACGUUCAGGACCACCCACCCAGGUAUCAGGGUUCAUACGUUCAGGACCCCCACCCAGCUAUCAGGGUUCAUACGUUCAGGACCACCCACCCAGGUAUCAGGGUUCAUAUGUUCAGGACCACCCACCCAGGUAUCAGGGUUCAUAUGUUCAGGACCCCCACCCAGGUAUCAGGGUUCAUACGUCCAGGACCACCCACCCAGGUAUCAGGGUUCAUACGUUCAGGACCCCCACCCAGCUAUCAGGGUUCAUACGUUCAGGACCCCCACCCAGCUAUCAGGGUUCAUACGUCCAGGACCACCCACCCAGGUAUCAGGGUUCAUAUGUUCAGGACCCCCACCCAGGUAUCAGGGUUCAUAUGUUCAGGACCACCCACCCAGGUAUCAGGGUUCAUAUGUUCAGGACCACCCACCCAGGUAUCAGGGUUCAUAUGUUCAGGACCACCCACCCAGGUAUCAGGGUUCAUAUGUUCAGGACCACCCACCCAGGUAUCAGGGUUCAUAUGUUCAGGGGAAAUUAUAAAUAAUAUUUUCCACAAAUGUUCAAGAUUCACAGAACUGCAAGGGAAUUAGCCUGAAAUUGCUUGAAUAAUCCUGAAACCAGUCAUUCUGGAAAACAAGGGAAUUUUCAGGAAGCUGGGAAUGGAAGAACCAGUUUGUACCAAAGCUACAGAUCUGUUUUCUGUCUGAAUAAUGUUAAAAAAAAGUACAGUAAAUAUGAAAUAUGUAAAUAUGAGUUAUGUAUAAACAAGAAAGGUCCAAUUUAUAAAUAUUAAUUAUUUGUUUUGAUCUGUAUUUGAUGUCCACAUGUUGUAAAGAGUGUUUGUGUCUUCGCAAUUUGUUUGGUGGAUUUCCAUGUAAAGUUAUGUUUCCCUCCUAUUAAAGAACUACUACUAUGGAUGUUAA